AUGGAUGUUCUUCCUUGUAAUGGUGUUCAGUAUGUUGGAGAAUCUGAUUGUGCUAGACAGAGUUCGGGGACAGAUUUUACUUAUAAUGGAGAAUCUAGUGGUUUUAAACGUGUAGAACAAGUUGAAAUGAAUGAUGGCAGAGUGAAUGAGUUAUUGCUAAAUGUAGAAGAGUCCCGUAUAGAAAGACAAAGUGAGGGCCAACUGACAGUGGAUGAAUUUCCUAACUCUGAAGGUGGAGCUUCAUAUUCUGAUUGUCAUGUAGAGAGCCAAAGGUUAUCUUGCGAUUCCCAGGAUUUUGAAGAAGAUGACAUAAAUGUACAGAAUUAUUGCAUAGAACCCUGUGCAGCCUUUGAAAACUCUAAUUUAAUUGUUGACACCAUUGAAAGUGAACCAAACGACUGUAAGUAUGGAGAGCCAUCUCUUCCGGAGCCUCAGUGGCUAGAACAUGAUGAAUCUGUGGCACUAUGGGUCAAGUGGAGAGGGAAGUGGCAGGCAGGAAUCAGAUGUGCACGGGCGGACUGGCCAUUGUCAACUUUGAGAGCCAAACCAACUCAUGAUCGAAAGCAGUAUUUUGUGAUAUUUUUUCCGCACACCAGGAAUUAUUCCUGGGCAGAUAUGCUGCUUGUCCAACCUAUCAAUGAAUUUCCAGAGCCUAUUGCAUAUAAGACUCACAAAAUCGGACUAAAAUUGGUUAAAGAUUUGAGUGUUGCACGACGAUUUAUAAUGAAAAAGCUGGCUGUUGCCAUGCUGAAUAUUGUUGAUCAGUUUCAUUCUGAGGCUUUAAUAGACACAGCUCGUGAUGUGAUGGUCUGGAAGGAAUUUGCCAUGGAGGCUUCACGAUGUAGUGGUUAUUCUGACCUUGGAAGAAUGCUUCUGAAACUUCAAAAGAUGAUAUUACAACGGUACAUAAAUUCUGAUUGGCUGCAGCAUUCUUUUCAAUCCUGGUUACAACAGUGUCAGGUUGCAUGUAGUGCUGAAUCCAUAGAUUUGCUUCGGGAGGAAUUGUCCAAUUCUAUCCUAUGGGAUGAAAUUGACUCUCUCCGGGAUGCACCAGUGCAAUCGACUUUGGGAUCUGAGUGGAAAACCUGGAAGCAUGAAGCUAUGAAGUGGUUCUCAAUCUCUCACCUUGCAACAAGUGGUGGAGAUAUGGAGCAGCAGAAUUGUGACAGUCUCUCCCCAACCAUUAGUCUUCAAGCUAGCAGGAAGAGGCCAAAGCUUGAAGUUCGUCGUGCAGAGACACAUGCUUCCCAGGUGGAGAUUAGCAGUCCACUUCAAACUACGACUGUUGAAAUUGACUCUGAGUUUUUCAAUAAUCGAGAUCCUGUCAAUGCUCAUACUUUAGAAUCAGAGCUUUCUAAAGAGGAUGAUUUUAGGGAGGUAGCUGCACCUAUAGAGUCACCUUGUAGCGUGGCUGAUAGAUGGGAUGAAAUUGUAGUUGAAGCAGAAAAUUCUGAGCUUGUACCAACCAAAGGUGUAGAAAUUACUCCCGUUAAUGAACUUUUGGGUAAGAAAAGCAGGGACCUUGGGAGUAAGAAUCGCCAGUGCAUGGCUUUUAUUGAAUCUAAGGGAAGGCAGUGUGUGAGGUGGGCAAAUGAUGGUGAUGUUUAUUGUUGUGUGCAUUUGGCCUCUCGUUUUGCUGGAAGCUCCACAAGAGGAGAGGCAAGUCCUCUUAGUCACAGUCCAUUGUGUGAAGGUACCACUGUUCUUGGUACUCGAUGCAAGCAUCGGUCUCUACCAGGUUCUGCAUUCUGUAAGAAACACAGACCCCGGCUUGAUGCAGAGAAGACCUCAAAUUCGCCAGAGAAUCCCCUGAAGAGAAAACAUGAAGAGAUCUUUCCCAGUUCAGACACCACAUAUUGCAAGGAGAUAGUAUUGGCUGGACAAGUUGAAAAUCCCCUUCAAGUGGAACCUGUCUCAAUAAUGGAUGGUGAUGCCUUUUAUCGAAGGAACAGCUUACCUGAGAAGCUUGAGCAUCCUGGCCAUGAUUGCAAUAGCUCUGAGAUGCUACACUGCAUAGGCUCAAUCGUCCUUGAUGGUAGUGUCCCUUGUCCUGAGAGUCCGAAGCGCUAUUCGCUGUACUGUGAUAAACACAUUCCUAGUUGGCUCAAGCGUGCUAGAAAUGGUAAAAGUAGGAUAAUAUCAAAAGAAGUGUUUAUAGAUCUUUUGAAGGAUUGUAGCUCCUCACAGCAGAAAUUGCAUUUACAUCAAGCAUGUGAGCUUUUCUACAAGCUUUUCAAAAGUAUUUUCUCUCUAAGAAACCCAGUUCCUAUGGAGGUUCAACUUCAGUGGGCCCUCUCUGAAGCUUCUAAAGAUUUCAAUGUUGGGGAACUCUUGUUGAAGUUGGUUUUCACUGAAAAGGAGAGACUCAGAAGGUUAUGGGGCUUUGCUGUGGAGGAAGAUUUACAAGUUUCGUCCCCUGUCUUGAAUGAAGCAGCAAGUUUGCCAUUGGCUAUUGAUGGUAACCAUGAUGAUGAAAAAUCUAUUAGGUGCAAAAUUUGCUCAAAGGAGUUUCUCGAUGAUAAAGAGCUUGGUGACCACUGGAUGGACAAUCAUAAAAAGGAAGCACAGUGGCAUUUCAGAGGUCAUGCUUGUGCCAUCUGCCUGGAUUCUUUUACUAACAGAAAAGGUUUGGAAACCCAUGUGCAGGAGAGACACCACGUGGAAUUUGUUGAACAGUGCAUGCUUCUCCGGUGCAUUCCUUGUGGCAGCCACUUUGGGAAUACUGAGCAGUUAUGGUUGCAUGUCCUCUCUGUUCACCCUGCUGAUUUUAGGCUGCCAAAAGGGGCUCAGCAGCUUAAUCCCUCUAUGGUUGAGGAGAAAGAGGAUUCUUUGCAGAAACUUGAGCUACAAAAUGCAGCAUCAAUGGAAAAUAACUCUGAGAAUUUCAGUGGUGUAAGAAAGUACAUUUGCAAGUUCUGUGGCCUGAAGUUUGAUUUGCUACCUGAUCUUGGCCGCCACCAUCAGGCCGCUCAUAUGGGACCAAAUCUAUUCAGCUCUCGGCCCCCAAAGAGAGGUGUUCGAUAUUAUGCUUAUAGAUUAAAAUCUGGAAGACUUAGCCGUCCUAGAUUUAAGAAAGGUCUGGGGGCAGCAACAUAUAGCAGCAUCAGGAACAGGGUGACUGCUGGUCUGAAGAAACGUAUCCAGGCAUCAAAGUCACUUAGCAGUGAGGGACUAAGCAUGCAGUCUAAUUUAACUGAGGUAGGGACUCUUGGUAGAUUAGCAGAAUCUCAAUGCUCAGCAGUUGCAAAGAUAUUGUUUUCUGAGGUUCAGAAAACAAAACCUCGGCCUAAUAACCUUGAUAUCUUAGCUAUUGCACGCUCUGCUUGCUGCAAGGUGAGCCUAAAAGCAUCACUGGAGGGGAAAUAUGGAGUGUUGCCAGAACGCUUUUAUUUGAAAGCAGCCAAGCUCUGCAGUGAGCAUAACAUUCAAGUACAGUGGCACCAGGAGGAAUUUAUUUGUUCCAGAGGAUGUAAGAGUUUUAAGGACCCAGGAUUAUUCUCACCCUUGAUGGCUCUUCCAAAUGGUUUUAUGGGGAAACAAAUGAUACAUUCAUCUGAUCCUGUAAACAGUGAGUGGGAGGUUGAUGAGUGCCACUAUGUUAUCGAUGCGCAUGAUGUUAGCGAGGGGCCUAAGCAAAAGGCUACUGUGCUGUGUACUGACAUAAGCUUUGGGAAGGAACCAAUACCAGUGGCAUGUGUUGUAGAUGAAGAUCUCCUGGAUUCCAUCCAUGUCUUGGCAGAUGGUUCUGAUGGUCAAAUCAGUAAAUUCCCCAAGCCCUGGGAAAAUUUUACCUAUGUAACAGGGCCAUUGCUUGAUCAAUCCGAUAGUCUGGACAUUGAGAGUUUGCAACUGGGGUGUUCUUGCCAAUAUUCAGUGUGCUGUCCUGAAACAUGUGAUCAUGUUUAUCUCUUUGAUAAUGACUAUGAAGAUGCGAAAGACAUAUAUGGGAAUUCCAUGCUUGGCAGAUUCCCAUAUGACGAUAAAGGGCGGAUUGUGUUGGAGGAGGGUUACCUUGUUUAUGAGUGCAAUAGCAUGUGCAGCUGCAAUAAAACUUGCCCAAAUAGAGUUUUGCAGAAUGGAAUACGAGUGAAAUUAGAAGUCUUCAAAACAGAUAAUAAGGGUUGGGCGGUCAGGGCAGUUGAGCCAAUCCUACGUGGUACAUUUAUAUGCGAGUACAUUGGGGAGGUUUUAGAUGAACAGGAGGCAAACAAUAGGCGUGAGAGGUAUGGUAAUGAAAGUUGCAGCUAUAUGUAUAAAAUUGAUGCUCAUACCAAUGAUAUGAGCAGAAUGGUUGAGGGAGAGGCCCAUUAUUUUAUUGAUGCCACAAAGAAUGGGAAUGUUUCACGGUUCAUCAACCACAGCUGCAUGCCAAACCUUGUGAGCCACCAAGUUCUGGUUAACAGCAUGGAUUCUCAGCGCACUCAUAUUGGCCUUUAUGCAAGUCGGGAUAUAGCUUUUGGUGAAGAACUGACUCACAACUAUUGCUACGAGCUGCUGCCCGGAGAAGGCCAUCCUUGCCAUUGUGGAGCUUCAAAAUGCCGAGGUCGCUUGUAUUAA